AUGGGGGUGCAGCAGGGAAGUGGAAUUGACAACUCCAACAAUGUCCAUCAACACGAACCAUUGCGUUCCGAUCCGAUGACUAUGCCCAUUCCCCCCGCCGCAAUGUGGCUCAGAAUCAGAACCCGCUCUCGUCAUCAGGAUACGGUUCAGCUACCCUCCGACCGCCGGUCUGAGACUACGUUCAUCAUAUUCUCCGGAUCGCAAGGUCCUCGACGUUACGACAAGCCAUCCCAUCCAUCUGUUCUUCACAAACUCGAGUGCCGAGUCCUGAUAAUGCAUAACCAGCUGUUACAGUGUCGGAUGGGUAUUCGUGGCACUAAGAAUGGGACCCACACCAUCAUGCGCAUAGGGCUCAAGGCAACUUGGACCAGAUCCCUUGAAUAUGCGCUUCUCUUCUCUGCUUGGUCGGAAAACGAACUCAUAGUCGAGCUUCGCACUUCUUCGUCUGGUAGCCAGUGGUUCCGUCGAAUAGCGAACGAGUUGCGUCCAUUAUCAUGA